UAUAGAUGCCGUGACGUCACUUGAUGUCACGUGAUUGAAAGCGGGAGCGAGGCACAUGUCGGCCGCCAUUGUUCACAAGAGUCACGCAGUGCAAAAUUCUUGAAUUUUACCGCCGGUUUUAGCCGCCGAAGCAGCUUUUCAGCAACAGACUAUAUAUUAAAGGACUUCUUUGGGUCUUUAAUUUUGAUUUUAGACUAUUUUUGUAUUGGACAAUUCCUCAUAUCUGGAGAAAUCGUGCGAUGUCUGCAAGUGUAGAUCAGCGACCCAAAGGCCAAUCAAAUCGAGUACAAAAUGGCCCCUUAAACCAGAAAGAGACUGUCACGGACGAGGAUUUCGACGCUUACCUGCAGAACAACCAAACUAGUCAGGCUUACAACUCCGGACCGAACAUGGCACCACACAGUGAACCCUACAUGCCGAGUUACUAUUCAUCCAUGCCAUUUCCUUAUUUGAACACUGGUGGUGAGAGCACCUGGUCAACAGGAGAUAACUUCAACUUCUAUGGCGGUUAUGGACCUGGGGAUAGUGGAAAUUAUCUACAGGAGAGUAGUAAUUUUUAUAGCCAGCCAGGUACAACCCCUCCUUAUUUGAACCAGUCUGGAUUUAAUUUCUUUCCUGGAAGUGCCGACUUUUCAGCAUGGGGUAAUACAAGCCAACCCCAGGGACAAGGAAGCCAACGGAGUACAGGACAAGGACAAAGCUCUUACUAUAAUGAUUAUUCAAGAUAUUCAGGAACACCUAUGGGAACUAACCAGCGUUAUCAAGACAUGAACGGUAUGGAUAGUGGUGAUAACAAAACAUCAGGAAUGAAAACUGUUGAGCAAGGAAUUUCAGGACUGAACAUCGGAUCUGAUACUAAGUCUGGUAUUAAUGCGGGAAAUGCUGGGUCUGCGGGUGAUAGUAAGGUAGACUCAGAAGUGGCUAAUUCUCCACCACAAACUUCUCAAACUGCUGCAAACACGACAUCUGCUGUAAGUUCGGCCCCAGCUCCCGCAAUCACUGCAAGUAAACCUGUGUCAUGGGCUUCUAUUGCUAGCAAGCCUGCAAAACCUCAACCAAAGUUAAAACCGAAAAGUGCUACCCACGCCCCAGUUCCAGCUCAAUUGCCUCCCAUGAAACAUACUAUGGAUAUUGGAACUUGGAAUGGAGGAGCCAAGUCUGCUCCAAAACCUGUACCGGCUCCUCAACAAGGACUGCCUCAGCAGCCGCAGCAUCCGCAACCCCAACCUCAGCAGCAGCAGCAGCAGCAACAACAACAGCAGCAGCAGCAGCAGCAGCAACAACAACAACAACAACGCUGGACUCAGCAACGUGGUCGCGGGGAAUCCAGUUAUAGCAACCCGUCACCUUCAAGCAAUGCUGGACUUGCUCCUAUCUCUGCACCGGUCAAUGCAGCCAACAACACGUCGUCUCUGCCGCACCCGGUUCUUGAGAAACUGAGAUCUGCAAACGAGUAUAACCCCAGUAACUUCAAUCUGAACGCUAAAGGAGCUCGCUUCUUUAUCAUCAAGAGCUAUUCUGAGGACGACAUCCAUCGAUCUAUUAAAUAUAGCAUAUGGUGCAGCACAGAACAUGGUAACAAACGCCUGGACUCUGCAUUUCGUGAACGCCAAGGAAAGGGACCUGUAUACUUGUAUUACAGUGUCAAUGGCAGUGGUCAUUUCUGUGGCAUGGCCCAAAUGAUGUCCGAGGUAGACUACAACACGACCACAGGUGUUUGGGCUCAGGAUAAAUGGAAGGGGAAAUUCGAGGUGAAAUGGAUUUAUGUAAAGGAUGUUCCAAACAGUCAGCUGCGACACAUAAGACUGGAAAAUAAUGAGAACAAACCUGUGACUAACUCGCGUGACACGCAGGAGGUACCUGUUGAAAAGGGUAAACAGGUGUUGAAGAUAAUGCACAACUACCGCCAUACCACCUCCAUUUUUGAUGAUUUUGGUCACUACGAGAAACGUCAGGAGGAAGAUCAUUCUCGCAAACCGGCGAGUAGCAGCAAGAAAGGAGCCAAUGAUCGUAAUUAAAGAGGCGUCAUUUGAUUUGAUUUUCAACAAACUAGUAAUAUGAGGCGAAACCUUAGAGAUAUGUGCCUAUUUUAAGGAACAAAAAUCAUCUCAAAUUUGGAACUGUAGUUAAACAUUAUACUGGAUUUUUUUUUCCCUUUGAACUGUGAUAGGACCCUAUACAGCCUGAAAAUAGCUUGAGUGUGUGACUCGUCAGCUUCAAGAAAAUUUGACUUCGAAAAAUGAAAAACUGAUUUUGUGAACAAGUUAAGACUUCGUUUAAAAAUUCUGUGUAUUUUAGACGGCUUGUCGGUUUAAACCAACCCAGCACUUGCUGUGGAUGCUUUUUUACCUACAUCGUUAAAUAGCACGCACUUUGAAAAAACUCUGGUUAUUAUGUCUCUCUACUCAGAUAGUACAGAAUCUUUUGACUUACCGGUAAUUGCUGCUGAAUGAAACUGGAAGUAGGAGCAGCUUCGUGUGGUAUCGAUUGCACCUCUACAAGAAGAACCCAGAUUCUAGGAUUAUCACGUUUCAAACUUAAAAAGAUGGCAAUGUCUUUAUAUAAAACGCAAAUUUGCAUUGCUAGAUAAACUUGAGAUACACCUCAAACUACUUGGUGGAAUUCUCUACAGUGCUGGAGGAUUUUACCUAUCUGAACACCUUGAGAACGGGACAAUGUAAUAUACAAUCAUAUGACUCGAGUGUGUGCCGUCUCGGCAGCACGAAACAAUCCCAAUGGAAAAAAAAAAAAACACUGCGAAUUUGAAAACAGUAUCACAUGCUAAAGACUCUUGGAUUCGUCCAUACCUAGUGAUAACUAGCCUUGGUUUUUUUUUAUGCGACUUGUGUGCACUGGGGUGUAACAGGCUUUGAUGUAAUAGGUGUACGAAACGACAUUUACAUAUGCCUCGGUUGAUACCCAGGAACAGGCUUCACCAAAUAAGACUGGGUUUGAUUUUAAAUUGCUUUGAACUUCCUACGAUUAACUCUGAUAACAAAAAAAAACUCUGGAAAUCUAGUUCCAAAAAUUUGUAGAACUAUGCUUCUGUGGAUUUCGACAAGGCGACGGGAGAGAGGAAUCGAGAACCAUUGCACUUAAAACAUUCAUGUGCUUAGUGUUUUAUUCUAUUUGAAGUGACCAGUAACUGACCCUGUGGUUUAUAAAAUAGUUGACAAUCGCUCAUUGACACCCUUUCCCCUCCAAAUACCAUCAUGUUUGUCAUUUGUUUUCUAUGAUUUUAUGUCCAGCCUUGUCGGAUUCAUUGCAUGUUUAGUUGAAAAUAAAUGCAAAUCAUACUGUAUACCUUA